AUGGGCUCCAACGAACCCGCCAAAAUCAAUCUCGUCCGCAUCGCCCACGUCUACUACACGCAUCAAAACAUCGAAAAAGCCCGUGAAUUCCUCGCCGACUUUGGAUUCAUCGAAUCUCAACGCUCCGGCAGCAAGACCUACUACCGCGGCUACGGUAGGGAGCCUUUUGUCUACUGCGCCCAAGAAGGGCCCAAGGAUGAAUUUGGCGGCGCUGCCUUCGUGGUCGAAACCGAACAGGACCUCGAACUAGCUCAGCAGACUUUGCCGGGUGCAUCGAAGAUCUACGAGUUGGAUGCGCCCGGUGGCGGUCGUUGCGUAACCUUCCAUGAUCCGGUGGACGGGUUUCCUUUCCACCUGGUCUAUGGACAGACGCCAUUGACUGAUGAGCAGCUGUUGCCGGAGCUUCAAUUCAAUUUUCCGGCACACAAGCAACGACCAGCGGGACGGUAUCAACGAUUUGAGAAAGGUCCGGCUCCGGUGCACAAAUUGGGCCAUUUCGGCAUGUGCGUGACAAAUUUCGACAAGACAUUCGAAUUCUAUACUAGUCGAUUCAACUUUUAUCCAAGCGAUCUGGGACACACCCCUGACGGCAAGAACGUGAUCGUAUUCAACCGUCUCGCCCGUGGCAAGGAGCUAGUUGAUCAUCACUGCUUCUUCUUCUUCGAAGGACCCAAGUCGCACGUGCAUCAUUCGUCUUUUGAGACGCACGACUUCGACACCCAAGUGCUAGGACACGACUGGCUCCGGCACAAAGGAUACGAGAAUUGUUGGGGCGUGGGAAGACAUGUUAUGGGCAGUCAAAUUUUCGACUACUGGUAA